CAAGGAUUUCAUAAGUGUCAAAGGAUUUUAUUGACAAUUGAUGCAGAGUCAAUAUUUGCAGUGUUGACCCUUCUUUUUCAAGACCUUUGCAAUCCGCCCAGGCAUGCUUUCACUUCUGGACCACAUCCUGCCUGAUGGCAGCCCAUUCUUGCAUAAUCAAUGCUUGGAGUUUGUCAGAAUUUGUGGGGUUUUGUUUGUCCACCCGCCUCUUGAGGAUUGACCACAAGUUCUCAAUGGGAUUAAGGUCGGGGGAGUUUCCAGGCCAUGGACCGAAAAUAUCAAUGUUUUGUUCCCCAAGCCACAUAGUUAUCACUUUUAACUCAUGCCAAGCUGCUCCAUCAUGCUGGCAUUGUUCGUCACCAAAUUGUUCCUGGAUGGUUGGGAGAAGUUGCUCUCGGAGGAUGUGUUGGAACCAUUCUUUAUUUAUGGCUGUGUUCUUACGCAAAAUGUGAUUGAGCCCACUCCCUUGGCUGAGAAGCAACCCCACACAUGAAUGGUCUCAAGGUGCUUUACUGUUGGCAUGAAACAGGACUGAUGCUAGCGCUCACCUUUUCUUGUCCGGACAAGCUUUGUUCCGGAUGCCCCAAACAAUUGGAAAGGGGAUUCAUCAGAGAAAAUGACUUUACCCCAGUCCUCAGCAGUCCAAUCCCUGUACCUUUUGCAGAAUCUGUCCCUGAUGUUUUUCCUGGAGAGAAAUGGCUUUUUUGCUGCCCUUCUUGACACCGGACCAUCCUCCAGAAGUCUUCGCCUCACUAUGCGUGCAGAUGCACUCACACCUGCCUGCUGCCGUUCCUGAACAAGCUCUGUACUGGUGGUACCCUGAUCCCCCAGCUGAAUCAACUUUAGGAAACGUUCCUGGUGCUUGCUGGACUUUCUUGGGCACCCUGAAGCCUUCAUCACAACAAUUGAACCGCUCUCCUUGAAGUUCUUGAUGAUCCGAUAAAUUGUUGAUUUAGGUGCAAUCUUACUGGCAGCAAUAUCCUUGCCUGUGAAGCCCUUUUUGUGCACAGCAAUGAUGACGGCACCUGUUUCCUUGCAGGUAACCAUGGUUGACAGAGGAAAAACAAUGAUUCCAAGCACCGCCCUCCUGUCGAAGCUUCCAGUCUGUUAUUCGAACUCAAUCAGCAUGACAGAGUGAUCUCCAGCCUUGUCCUCGUCAACACUCACACCUGUGCUAACAAGAGAAUCACUGACAUGAUGUCAGCUGGUCCGUAUGUGGCAGGGCUGAAAUGCAGUGGAAAUAUUUUUGGGGGAUUCAGUUCAUUUGCAUGGCAAAGAGGGACUUUGCAAUUAAUUGCAAUUCCUCUGAUCACUCUUCAUAACAUUCUGGAGUAUAUGCAAAUUGGCAUCAUACAAACUGAGGCAUCAGACUUUGUGAAAAUAUAUAUUUGUGUUUUUCUCAAAAAUUGUGCCUAUGACUGUACACAAAUUUCACAGUGUGUGCGAGACACUGUGGCUUGUAGGCCUCUCCAGGUCUCGCACCCACUGUGAAAUUUGGCGGAGGAUCGGUGUUACGGAUACAGGUAUCCUGUGUGUGUGUAUCCCGUGUGUGUAUUUAUUUUCUCUCCUCCUCACAGGUGGCAAUCAUCAUUCCCCAAUCAGUCAUCAAUCAGUCGCUAAUCAGAAGACACACCUCCUGUUUCCAUUACCCUAUCACAUUCCCUUUCCCUUGGUUUAAAAACCCUGUCUGUUGUUUGCUCUAGAGCUUAAUCUCUCUGUCAAUGCCAUCUGUCUGUAGAUCUCUUGUUGGGUUUUUGCAACUACAUGUCACUUUGUCCCCACCUGCAGCCUAAUCUAUUGAAGUGAUACCACACAUACUAUGUGCACUUCAACUGGAGAGGAGAGAUAAGAGAGGUGAUCCACUAAGAAGGAGACUCCAGUCUCUGAUCUGAAGGAGCCCGUACCUGGAGCAUGAUCCUUGGUGUGUCUGCAGAGCCAGUGAAGAGCCUGGGACCGGCCUCCAUGGCCACAGAGUUAGCACCCUCCUAGCUCUGCCAGGGGAUGCAAGAAUAGCUCUGCGAGGGGGCUCAACCAUCUCCCUCCUAGCUCUGUGUGGGGCUUCAAGCAACCCCUUCCAGGGCGCCUUGUAGGUCCGCCAGGGGGCUCACUCCCACACAUCUACCAGCUCAGAUAACCCUCUGGCUGUUGGCAAACACAUGUUUGACGUGAUCGAAUGUGACCGCCGCCACGCCAUCCAGAGCAGCUGCAGCCCCCUGCUCCCCCUGCCUGCUGAUCCACCAUGCAGUGGAGACGGCGGCACUGCUGCCCCAUGAAGAUGACCUGGACCAUGAAGCGCUCGCUCUUCCGGACCCACAUGGCAGGUCUCCUGUCCCUGGCCCUCCUCUUCACUCUCUUCCUCUUCUUCAGCCACCAGGACUGGCUGCCAGGCCGGACCGGGCCCCGUGACAACCCCCUGACCUACACCGUUAAGGGCUUCCGCAACGCCAAGACCGAGGCAAAUCAGAGCUUGAGUCUGCGGAACCUGUGGCGAGAGACAGGCUAUGUGCCUCCAAAGCACCAGCUUAACCUCAGCUCCCAGCAGGCUGAGGGUGGCGGUGGAGGGGAAGCCAUGGUGGGUGUAACAGGACUAGAAAACUCGAUGAGCGCCAACAACAGUUUACAGCAGGAGAUGGGCGUGGGAGGGAGGCUCAAUUCCCAGCCCUACCGCUACAUCCUCAACGAGCCCUUCAAGUGCAGGGACAGUACCCCGUUCUUGGUGCUGCUGAUCGCUGCAGAGCCAGGCCAGGUAGAUGCCAGGAAUGCUAUCCGGCAGACGUGGAGCAACGAGAGUGUGGCCAUGGGUCUAGGUUUCGUCCGACUCUUCCUGCUGGGUCUAGGGCGGAGCUCGGACAGGUACACCCAGACCGCUAUUGAGGAGGAGAGCUGGGUUCACCAUGACAUCAUCCAGCAGGACUAUCAGGACACAUACUACAACCUCACCAUCAAAACCCUGAUGGGCAUGAACUGGGUGGCCACCCAUUGCCCGCAGGUGCACUAUGUCAUGAAGACAGACAGUGACAUGUUUGUUAACACGGAGUAUCUCAUCCAGAAGCUGCUGAAGCCCGAGCUCCCACCCAGACAGAGCUACUUCACUGGCUAUCUGAUGAGGGGCUACGCACCCAACCGCAACAAGGACAGCAAGUGGUACAUGCCUCCAGAGCUGUACCCUAGCGAGAGGUACCCCAUCUUCUGCUCGGGAACCGGGUAUGUGUUAUCUGGGGACAUGGCGGAGAGGAUCUAUCAGGCGUCUCUGAGCAUACGGAGGCUGCACCUGGAGGACGUUUACGUGGGCAUAUGCCUGGCCAAGCUCCGCAUUGACCCCACGCCGCCGCCCAACGAGUUCCUCUUCAACCACUGGAGGGUGUCCUACUCCAGCUGUAAGUACAGCCACCUCAUCACCUCCCACCAGUUCCAGCCCAACGAACUGAUCAAGUACUGGAACCACCUGCAGACCAACAAGCACAAUGCAUGCAUCAACAUGGCCAAGGAAAGGAAUGGGAGGUAUAGACACAGGAAGUAUCACGCAGAGAGACCUCAGUGAUGAUAACUCUACUUACUGUGGGAGGAAGACAAAAUGGUAAGGAAGCGGACAAGAAGAAUGGUUGGAUCUGGAAAGGGCAUGUUAAGAGAGCUAUACACUACCUGGGAAAGAGCAGUGUUUUUGGUAUUGUGUAGAGUCAAUUAAAACUAUUUUUUUAAUUUGAGAGAGAUGUUAUGUAUUGUAAACCUGUUGAAAACUCUUUUUAAAAAGGGCAGUGACGUUCCAUGUUUAUGUGCAAUAUGAAGCAUGCACACAAAAAAAACUGCAUAGUGGGGAUUCUGCCACUUUCAGGUGCAAAUACAAUAAUCAGAGAGACAAGGCCAGUGGUUGAUGGGGUUUUGUUACACAACAGGUAGGUUACUAACUGUGGGGACAUUUCUGUCAAAGAACUAUAAACAAUUAAUAAUAUUAAGAGUAUUGACAUGGGAUGGGAAAAGGGAAAGAGAGAAAUGCAUCACUACCUACAGAAAUGAUGAAUAUAUUUAUGAUGUGGACCACUAAUGCUGCCCUCAUUCUCAAUGUUUACUUUACAUAAUUAUCAUAAAAUAUUAAUUAAAAGGGUUUACCUGUCAAUAUGCCAUAUAUUUUUUAUUUACAACCAAGGUGAAAGCACUCAGAAUAACAACUGAGAUUGUAUUUUCUAAAGCUUUACAUUGAGUGUGACGAGUCUGCACAUGAGCAAUCAAUUAAAUAACAACUAAAUGU